CGAAACGUUUAGAGCCCGAACCCUGCUCACAUCGGCAUGUUGUCAUAUCAUUCGUCUCAUUCUGGCUGUUUUGUUUUUCUUCUCUGACGUGACCCUCACCACACACUCACACAUACACCGAGUGUACUCACACAGAGUGUUAGACCUGAUGAUGUUCUGCAAGUAAAUGAUUGAUUCGUCAGCAGACUUUCGUUAGCUCUGUACUUUGAACUUCAUGAUGGCUGAUAAGAUCUGGAGGAAGAGCUGCAAGUUCUUCGGUAGUAGAAGCCCUUUCUUUGGAAGAAGAUUUGUGGAGAGUAAGAGUGACGUGGAGGGUGAAGUGCAGAGCAAUGAGCCGUCCUCGUCGCUGGACCAUGGUAAAGGUUAUGGCCCCCUGACCCACAGCUCUUCCGUCAGCCCCGACCAUUUUGAAGGCUUUGGAUACAGCCAGAACGCUCAGCCUGGUCCGCAGCGCCCUCGGAGACCCAAACUCCAGCACUCGCAGUCCAUCCUCCGCAAGCAAGCCGAAGAAGAGGCCAUCAAACGCUCACGCUCGCUUUCUGAGAGCUAUGAGCUCUCCACGGAUCUGCAGGACAAACAGGUGGAAAUGUUAGAGAGGAAGUAUGGCGGGCGCUUUAUCAGUCGACAUGCUGCUCGCACCAUCCAGACCGCGUUCCGGCAGUACCAAAUGAACAAGAACUUUGAACGUCUUAGAAGUUCCAUGUCUGAGAACCGGAUGUCGAGGCGCAUUGUUCUGUCCAACAUGAGAAUGCAGUUUUCUUUUGAGGGGCCUGAAAAAAUCCCCAGCUCAUUUUUUGAAGGGAAGCAGUUAUCUCUGACAGAGGAAGGAACUCCUGAAGCAACAAGCGAGUGUGGAGAUAUGGUUCCCAUCCACAUGGCUGUGCCAUCGGCUCCGAGCGACCUAAGUGACACCAUUACGGAGCUGGAGAGCGCUUUCUCUCAACAGGUCAAAUCACUGGCGGAAUCGAUCGAUGAUGCAUUGAAUUGUCGUAGUCUCCAUGAAGAAGAGGACCAGGAACCAGAGCAAGAUCAAGACAUGCAAAGUGAGCUGUCCUUUCAGGUCAAACCCACUAACAGCUCUAAUCAGCACAAGCUGGAGGAGAUGAUGGCUUCCUACAGCGGCGUGACGCUCUUCAUUGAUGAGGAGGAUCUUUGUCCUCCUGCUCAGCUCUUGCAUGCAGUAGAUCGACAGUCCAGCACUGAGUCCGAUCAGCGUGGCAUCAACUCCUCCCAGAAGUACUGGCCCAUGGACACCAAGGAGGACAAAACAGGCAGAGACACUAGCUGCCGCAGCACCCCGUCCAUCGACUGUCAGGAACCACGGCUUUGUAUGGACCACCUCCCACUCCUGACCAUUGAACCUCCCAGUGACAGCUCUCUGGAAAUCAGCGACCGCACUGAGUUCGACUCGGUCAAGAGGCAGUGCGUCUUCGAGCGGACUACGGCUGGACCUCAGGCCAGUCCCAAACAUAUCACGCACAGUCUACCUCCCAGAGUGUCUUCCCUGUCCAGGGAUGAAGAUCCAAUCAGGCACCGGCAUCUGGAGAGCCAUCUGGCCAUCAACGGGAACCGACAGAGCAAAUCAGAAUCGGACUUUUCUGACGGGGACAACGACAGCAUCAACAGCACAACAAACUCCACCGACACAAUCAACUGCAGCUCUGAGUCGUCUCGGGACAGCGUGAGAGAGCAGACACUUAGCAAACAGACAUACCACAAAGAGACACGGAACAGCUGGGAUUCUCCGGCUUUCAGCAACGACAUCAUACGCAAGCGCCACUACCGCAUCGGCCUCAACCUCUUUAACAAAAAGCCAGAGAAAGGUAUUCAGUACCUGACUGAGAGAGGCUUCAUCCCAGAUACACCUGUGGGCGUGGCUCACUUCCUGCUUCAGAGGAAAGGGCUGAGCCGGCAGAUGAUUGGUGAAUUCUUGGGGAACCGACAAAAGCAGUUUAAUAGGGAUGUGUUAGACUGUGUGGUGGACGAGAUGGACUUCUCAGGGAUGGAGCUGGACGAAGCUCUCAGAAAAUUCCAGGCACACAUUCGAGUCCAAGGGGAAGCUCAGAAGGUCGAGCGCCUCAUCGAGGCUUUCAGCCAACGGUACUGCAUCUGCAACCCAGGAGUGGUACGUCAGUUCCGAAACCCAGACACCAUCUUCAUUCUGGCCUUCGCCAUCAUCCUCCUCAACACGGACAUGUACAGCCCCAACGUGAAGCCUGAGCGCAAGAUGAAACUGGAGGACUUUGUGAAGAACCUCAGAGGAGUGGACGAUGGUGAGGACAUCCCUCGUGACAUGCUGAUUGGUAUUUAUGAGCGAAUUCGUCAGAAGGAGCUGAAGACCAGUGAAGACCACGUCUCUCAGGUGCAGAAGGUGGAGAAGCUCAUUGUGGGGAAGAAGCCGAUCGGAUCACUCCAUCAGGGGCUGGGAUGUGUUUUAUCCCUCCCUCAUCGGAGGUUAGUGUGUUAUUGCAGGCUGUUUGAAGUUCCAGACCCCAACAAGCUUCAGAAACUCGGCCUUCAUCAGCGUGAAAUCUUCCUCUUUAACGACCUCUUAGUGGUAACUAAGAUUUUCCAGAAGAAGAAGAACUCGGUGACGUACAGCCUCAGGCAGUCCUUCUCUCUGUACGGCAUGCAGGUCCUGCUCUUUGAGAACCAGUAUUACCACAACGGUAUCAGACUCACCUCUGCCAUCCCUGGCGCUGACCUGAAGGUCCUCAUCAUCUUCAACGCCCCAAACCCUCAGGAUCGGAAGAAGUUCACAGACGACCUGAGAGAGUCCAUCGCUGAGGUCCAGGAGAUGGAGAAGUACCGCAUCGAGUCCGAGUUGGAGAAGCAGAAAGGUGUGGUGAGGCCCAGCAUGUCUCAGAGCAUGUCCGGUCUGAAGAAGGAGGUGGGGAACGGCACCAUGAGCCGUGCCAGCCUGGAUGACACCUACGCCAUGGGGGAGGGGCUAAAGAGGAGCGCGCUCAGUAGCUCCCUGAGGGACCUUUCUGAAACAGGCAAGCGUGGCCGCCGCACCAGUGCAGGAUCGCUAGACAGCAAUAUGGAAGGCUCCAUCAUUAGCGGUCCUUCUCAGCUGCCUCGGAGAGCUCCGUCCAUCCAUGACUGUCCUCCUCGUUCACACUGCUCCAACACCAACCCUUCCUCCUCCUCUGCUUCCACGCUGCUUGGAUCACUCUUCAGCAGCAAGCGAGGAAAACCUCCGCCUCAUCCUCCGCUUCCUGCUCUACCCUCAUCCUCGCGCCUUCCCAUCUCCCACACACCCCACCCCAUCAACAUGCACCAGACCACCCAGGCCCAACGUUUCCAGCACUGUUCUUUCCCUCAAGACCCUCCACCGUAUCAGCACCACCAUCACUAUGACCCACCUCCUGUUGGACUCCGGUUCCACCGCCAGCACUCGAGCCACGUCUCCACACCACAACAACAUCAACCUCAGCUCCCUCACAACCUCCUUCACCAACACCAACAUCACCGUCAUCACCAUUCUCAUCAACAACGGCACCAACACCGGGAGCAGCAGCUCACGUCAUCUGUCGUGUGUCCCACCGGCUCCAAACCCAAACACUGUGGCAUCAGCACGGUGGUGUGAGGAUCAAUCAUCUCACUUCUGAGAUGGUUCCACAGAGUCCUUCUAACCUGGAUGUGUUCCAGCGGUGGAAGGAGGAUCGUAAUGUCUUCGGCGAGGACUACGUGAAGCUUUCCAGCGUCACAGCAUAGAACCUCAUGCACUUUUUAUUUUAGUUUCCCAAAAACAAAUCAGGACAAUUAGCAAAACUGUGCAGCAGAAACGGCAGAGCUGUCGGUCGCUCGCACUCGUCCUUAAAUUUUAUUUAUUGUGGAUGAGGGAAAAGCUUUGUGUGUUAUCGUCUGCAUCAUGUUUAAAUGUGCCAAUAAUCCUUGUGUGUAUCGGCUCUGUGUGAACUGUAACCUGUGUGCUAGAGUUUAGUGUAAAACUGGAUCCAUUCACAGAUGUUCUAUAUACUGUAAAAAACAAAAAAAAACAAAUCUAUAUAUAAACAUAUUCACAGAGUUUUUUAACAUAUUAUGAACAAAUAGAGAUGAAAUAUCGUGCCGUGGAGGCUGGAGGAUCUGUUCUGAUGCUUGGAGAAAUAUUUUGGAAUUCUAGACGCCUUCGGAAAAAACUUACGUUAAAAAUGUUUUCAAUGCAGAAGCAGCUGCAAAAAAGCUAUAAAACCACAGAGGAAGUGUGUUAGCUGCCUGGUGGAGCUACAGACACACAAACCAGACGCUAACAGCACUUUCUUAUAGAUUUAGAUUCAAAUUAGAUUAGAUUUAGAUUAGAUAGAGUUUCAAACGUUUCAUCGUCCCUCACGAGCGCUUGUCUAAUUUUCUCUUCCUUUUUUUUUAAGUAUCUCGUUUCCCAAGAAUGUGGAAAAUGACUAUUUUAUUACGAAGUUUCUUUGUUUUCUUUUGUUUGUUUUCUUAAAGAAAAUGAUGCAAAUAAUGAAAUCAGAUUGUUUUCUUUAGUGAAUAUUUGGUUAAAUUGACAUUAAACCUCUGCACAAGUUCUACAGACGUUAUGCACAAAACUAAAGAAGGCCAGUGAGAGAGUUUUAACUCGAUGUGCAAUAUGUUUAGUGAUUUAGGAGGACGAGGAAACGCCACACGCUCACAAAUAAACAAGUAAAUACAAAUAAAAAAGGAUAAGAAAUAAACCUCGAAAUAAAGUCGAAAACUGAUUCGUUGAUCGAUUAUUAAUUAAUGAAAGUUUAGAAAAAUUAAUCUUCCUAUUAAUGCACAAUGUUUCAUUUAUUUUUCCUUUUUUUAGGAUUCAUUUUUAUUUUUUAUUCUGAAUUCUAUUUACUCUUUUUUUUCCUCCCAAAAUGUAGAAAUGUUUUAUUUCCUUUUUAUUCAUAUUUUUUUUUCAUUCGAACUUAAAAAACAAAAUAUAUAUUUAACUUGUGCAUUAAUUGAAUGAUUAAUUAUUUGAUUUUAACUCAGUUCUUAAUUUAUUCAUUCAUUUUUGACGUUUUUAAAUUUUUAUUUGGAAAAUAAUUUCAGUAUCUUUUUGCUUGUUAGUUUCGUGGCUCCUCGUCCUCUUCGUCCUCGUCCUCUUCGUCCUCGUCCUCUUCGUCCUUGUCCUCGGCUGUCUGUCAGCUUUUUUAUUCUUUUCUUUCCCACAGUGAUGUUAUAGAAGUGGCUCAUAAACUAAAAGUGAACCACUCACUGGGAAUUUAGUGAAAUGUCUGAUGUUAAGUGUGUGUGUGUGUCCUGUGUCAACUGUUGCAGGGUUUUUUUGUUUUUUCUUUUUUUGUGUGUCCCAGUAAAAGAGAUCAGUGUUACGUUGACAGUUAAGUGCAAUCGUGUAAAGAAAUUCAUUCUACAGCUUGUGUUGUUUCUGUACAAGAUUCAGGUGAAUAAUGCGACAGUUUAUGCAAAUCUCUUUCCUUCCAGAUGACAGAGAGUUUUUUACAGAAUGUAAUUGCGGCGAUGAAACACAGAAGCACAUUAAAUCUGUUCCUGACUGAACCACAGACGCAUGCUGACGAAUAAAUUGAUUAUUUUCUUCCAGAAGUGAAUAGCGAUAAUUUUAUAAAGUGUUUUGUUCAGACGGCGGAUUCACGAUUCCUCGUGAUGAAGCCAGUUUUUGUUUUAAGGAGAGUGUAGAAUACAGCAUUAUUCUCUCUGCAUCAUCAUUUUCAGUAACCUGUGAUGAUGAUGAUGAUGAUGAUGAUGAUGAUGAUGAGGACUAGACUGUUCUUCACCGAGCCCGUGUGAGAUAUAUUCUGAGCGCCGCACAGAUCCGAGACGUCUCGUUUCACUGUGAGCUGAUGGACACUCCAGAUGGACAAGACUCACUUUGUUUCCCCAUUUUUUUUGUAGCCUCGAUGUUGAACUUGCUGUCGUACUGCGUUGUGUUUCUCUGAAGUGCAGCAUGCAGAUCAUCUCCACAUAAUCAGUGUAGAAAACUAGAUAGAAGAAAGAAGUCACAUGUCUGUCUGUCUGUCUGUCUGUCGGUGUGUGACGAGGAUCUAGUGAGAAAUCACUCAAUCAGUGUACCAAAUGAAGCUGAUGAUGAUGAUGAUGAUGAUGAUGAUGAUGAUGAUGAUGAUGAGUGGUGUGUGUUUAAGAUGGUUGGACUUGUUCGCUGCCUCUUGCAGCGGGCUGCCAGCCUGCUGCUGUUCCAGGGAGAGAGAGAGAGAGAGAGAGAGAGAGAGAAGAGAGUGAAGAGAGAGAGACAGAGAGAGAGAAAGAGCAAGAGAGAGAGAAGAGAGUGAGACAGAGAGAAGAGAGAGACAGAGAGAGAGAGAGAGAGAAAGAGAGAGAGACAGAGAGAGAGAGAGUGAGACAGAGAGAAGAGAGAGAAAGAGAGAGAGACAGAGAGAGAGAGAGAGAGAGAGAGAGAGAGAGAGAGAGAGUGAGACAGAGAGAGAGAGAGAGAGAGAGGAAAAUGGAAUGCUCUCAUUUUGAUAUUCAGUCUGUUUGUAAGCUUCGAAUGCGAUUAAUGUCAAACUGUGACAAUGCUGAGAAAUAAAACAAUGUUAAACAACAA